GUCAAACGGACGACGAGCGUCGACGGAAACGGCAGAACGGCCAGAACCUGAACUUCCGCACCCGGGAAACGAGUCGCGUGUGCUCCGAGUGGAAAAUACGGACGGGGUGUGCCGGCGCCGCAGAGAACCCGGCGAAAAGCCCGCUAAAAGAAUCCCAACUAUGCGUGCGGCCACAAAUCAAAAUACGAAUUUAUGAAAAGUGCUUUCGCGGCGGAAAAGUAAGAGUGCUCGUGCGUGGGCCAUCGGCUAAUUGCUCGUGUUCAGCCACAGGUGGUGCUUCUGCCCCGCCUCCUUUGCCCCGUCUCUCUCUUCUGCCCCACGCCCACGGGCCAAUUGUUGCGGCACACGCAAAUUCACAGAACUUUAAUUAAACGGGGGCCCGAGGGAAAGGUCAGCGGGCAGCCGCAAUUAGCAAAUCUAACAGUUCCGAGAAUCGAUUCACUGCAGCCCCCAAUUAAUUGCUCGCCCCAAACAGCCAAAGAAUCGAGCCGAAGAGCCGCAAGCAGAAGCUGAAACAGAGGCACCGACGCACAGCGCUGCUCCCCUAAAAAAUACAUCUUCGUUUUUUGGCAAUAUUGCGGCAGGCUGAAGAAGUUGUUGCCGCAGCAAAGGACAGUGGGCGGACUCUCGGGGAGGAACAGAGAAGGCAGGCGACGUGUGUCAAAGGUUUGACAGGCCUUAAUUGUGCGGAGGACAGAAAAUCCGGAGAGGAGCCGAGGGCUGGGCUCGAGGAGAACGGCGGGCUUCGUGUCUCGGGAUUUUCGGAUUUACGGAUUAGAAGCGAAAAGCAUUUUUUCGGGGGAGCCAGGGAAUUAAACGUUGUACAGACAGAAACGUCAUAUUUCGUAAUAAAGCGAAUUUAUUAGGCAAGCUUUUGAGCAAAACAAACUUUCUAAACAAAAACUAUUAAAGUAGAAGAGAUAAGAAGUGUAAUAAUUCCAAGACUAACAAGGAGCUCUAAGCAGUAGAAUGGAGCGACUAACGAAAUAAAUUGCAACUUUAAAAGUUCGGUUCAGAUAGCAUUAGUCGAGGGGCUUACCAAGUAUUGCAUUGGCUUCACUGUCAAAAACCGAAAGUUUGUAAACUUAUUCUCUGUUCUUUUCAAAGUAGCUAAGAACUCCGACAAGGUCAAUUGACUGCUCUAAGCGGAGCUUAUUUAACGGAGACUGUUAUGCGAAUCUCAGCAUUUAUGUCUACGGACACGACAUACGUUGGCGGUCAAUAAAUUUUCUUCUCAACAUCAAUUUAUGAACCCCAAACAAGAAUCAAAUUUAAUUUACUGACAAGUGGAACUAUCUAGUAAUUAAAAAGACCAAUUAAGCUGCACACUGAACACGCACUCAACUCGAAGGUUGACUUACCUAGACGAGCCAAAAAUAAGAACAAAAGACAUUGUCGGUGAACAGUGAAAAUCGAGUGAAGGAAACCAUGUUGCCGGGAGUGGAGCUGCUGCUGCUGCUCCUGCUCAGCCCGCCGCUCCUCGCGGAGAUCUCCCACCUGCCGCUGGCGAGCAACCGCGUCAUCCUGGACUCCACGGAGCUGCUGCAGAAUCCCCUGGUCCGCGAGGCCGAGGUGCCACGGGCGAAGGCGACCCCAGGACCGCCGCGGAAGUGUCCUUCGCUGCAGCGGUACCGCCAGAUGCUGAAGGACAUCGACGACCUGGAAGACCUCUACGUGGAUGUGUCCGUGCACAUCGCCUUGGCGGAGCGGAAGCGAAAGCGAUUUGUGCUGAACCUGAACGACUCGACGCCGCUGACGAUUCGCUUCUCGGAGCCCGUGGGCCGCCAGAUGUACUACAAUCAGACAGGAAUCCUCCUCCGGCCGGCGGCCGUGGCACCUGGACCAGGUGUGGCGGUGGGCAGCCUGGUGCUGCCCUGCGCCCUCCGCGGCCAGUACGACCUCUUCGUGAGGGCUCUCCACUCCGGAGCCCUCCAGGUGGACGCCCUGGCCGAGCACCCCCAGCACGCCUGGCCCCCCAUCAACGCCACGCACCGCGUCGCCCUCCGCAGCCAGAACCGCGUGAGGAAGCGCGAGAUGAUCGUCAAGUGGGACAGGAGCAAGUUUGACUACCACGUAAUGCACUACUGCCUGGUGAUCCAGCGACUUUCGGUGGACAGCCCCAGGAUAAACUACGCCAACUUCUGUCAGGCGGUCUCGGCCUUUGUGGGCCAGCGAGCCUCGACUCCCAGCUGCUCCAGUGGCAAUCCUCUGGACUCGGUGUGGGGCUCACCCCCUCAGCGGGAACGGAGGCUGAAUCCCCGGCAGAAUCUGCACAUCGUCUGCACGGGGAAGCGGCGGCAACAGACGCUGCGUCGCCUUCUGCCGAGGAACAGCUACCAGUUGGACCUCUUCGGGGUGCACCAGACCCGGCAGAACCUCACCCUCCGGCUGGCCAGCCACCAGGUGAACUUUAACCGCAGCCAGCCGCUGGCCCUGAAGCAGCAGGCCCUGAUGCAGCUCAAGAUCGGGGGGCAGCACGGCAAGCAGGUGUACAGCUUCAAGGUGCCGCAGACGAUACUCCGGGCGGAGGAGCCCUUCAUGAGGCAUCUGCUCAUCCCCUGCUCGGGCAGCGAGAUCCGGGUGAAGCUCCUCCGGCAGCGCAACGAGGUGGGCAAGACCGAGGCCUUCUGGAGUCCCACGUACAUCCGGCAGAAGGGCGUUCUCCCGGGCGAGCGCUAUCUGAUGCGGUUCGAGCCCAGCAACGAGGACGAGGCGUUGCGCGCCCAGAAGGUUAUGGUGGCUCUGAGCAGCGAGGCUCUGUUCAGGGAUCUGCCGGAACUGCCGCAGAACACCAGUGUUUUCAAUGUGCGAACGCGGUGCAACAGGGCCACCAUCGCCUGGAAUGGCUCUCCAGAUGAGCGAGAGCUGAGCUACUGCAUCAUAGUGUUCAAUCUGCCGCAGAGAAACCGCAGCGUGGUGGACUCCACCAACUACUGCAUGGACUUUGUGCCCAAGAGGGUGAUGCAGUACAGGAACUUCGAGUGGAUGACCUGUAGGGAAAGGCAGCAGAGCCCCGACAACAUCGAAACGGAGACCAUCCUAAACCUGAUACCGGGCUCCAGCUACCUGGUCUACGUGACGGCCAACCUGAGCAUGGGCAAGCCGCUCCCCUACCAGGCACUAACGCUCCACAUGAGCAGCCAGUGCCUGGACGGAUCCCACGAGUCCUUCUACUGAGCGCCACGAGGACCGAGGGUGGAAAGCCCCAAGCAAAGCUUCGCUGCAUUUUCGAAUACAAAACACUGAACUAUCCGUCGUUGUAAAGCUACCUUAUCCGAUACGAUACUACUCUAUCCCAAAACUACGCUGGUUAAAAGACUAUACACCUAGCUCCAUAUACUCUAUAUUAUAUAUACAGAUACAUAUACAGAUGUUCGUGGCAAGUGUUGUGUGAGCGAGUGAGUGUGUGCGUGUGACUUCUGGUUCUGAUUCUGAUUCUGAUUCGGGUUCUGAUUGUGUUUGCCAUUUGAUUCCAAGUAUUCUCGAGUGCUUAGUUCUGUAAUUUAGCUAGCUAGCCGUUAAUGAUUGUAUAAACUGUUUCAUUGGUUCCCCACUCCGCUCGUUUUAGACUUAGCCUUAGCUCUCCUAGUUUAAAGUUAGUUUUCGUAGGCUUGCUGUUAAGUUUUAACCGUAACAAGGCGACGAGUUUUGAGUAGUUCUUUUGUACAUUAAGCUUACAUUAGCUCUACAUUAGAUAUAUGUAUAUGGUGUAUCCAUUACGAACAUACGAGCGUUGAAAGCGUUGUAUUUUUUGAGGCGAACUUAUGCAACCGAAAGGAGGACAAUAAACAAUAAACAAUGUGCUGCGAGGGAGGAGAGUGUCGCAAAUAAAUGUGAAACCACUGCUAAAGAAAACCGAA